GAAAAGUGUGGCGAGUGGAGCGAGACACCGUGCCCGAUGCGUGGCGAGCGUCCAAUGCUGAAUAGAAAGAAAAAAAAAUACCCCAAACGAUCGGAGAACGAAGAAAACAUUUAGGAGAUGUAAGGGCGGAAGUUCUCUCAUGCCCACUCGAUUUGUCACGUCCAGGUCCUUUGCACGAAGGCAACAUAGACACAACCCUAACUGCACGCCUUUUCCGCCCUCUUCCUUUCUCUGCUGUCUGCUGCUGCGCACCAGGACGCCGGGUUUCGGCCUACAGGCCGGAUCAUCAGCAGGAGGUUGGUUCCCCGCGGAAGAAGUGCCAAAAGAAAUGGAUUUGGGCCAAGACCUCUCCUCCUGUGGCCGAGAUCCGCUGUCUAAAUGUCUGCACGCCAGGAAGGAACUGGAAGCUGCAAUUGAAGCACUAGUAAAAGCAGAGCAACAAGUAAAAGAGAACAGUAGAGAGGUGAAAGCGGAGAUCCACUCUUGCAUUAGCCGUAACUUGGAGUGUCUGCGCAGCCGUGAAAUCUGGCUUUUGGAACAGGCAGACCUGAUACAGCAGCUUAAGGAAGAGGCCCUACAGCAACAAGCUCAGCAACUGUAUUGGUUGUUGGGGCAGUUCAAUUGCCUGAUUCAUCAAUUGGAGACCCCUCAUAGUAAUGAUCUUGCCAAUCAGAUCACUGUUUGCUUAGAAAGGUUGGGCAGCCUUGCUCUGAAACCUGAAGAAUCCUCCGCCAUGAGUUUUGAAGCAGAUGUCCCUUCUCUCAGAAAAGCAAUUACUCUGUUUGGAUCAAUCCAAACUAUGAACUGUGAUGAAAUAACAGAGACUGCUAACGCCACACAUUGUAGUUUUGUCAAUCAAAAUCCCUGGCUUCUCAACCAUUAUGUUCGGCCAGUUGAACAGAAACCACUUUCUGGGACCUUGAACACCCCUCUGUCCGAUUGGCUGUUGGAACACCAGGCUACCAACCUUCACCAGUGUCCUGCUCUGUACAUUCCAAACUCUUCUCCCCAAGAUUGGCUUUUGAAAACGCAACUUACUGAACCUAUCAAGUGUUCCGAAACUCCCAAACCUACAUUUAAUAUUGAGAAAACGUGGGGUCAACUCUGGGAAUUGCACAAUUGGCUCCAGUCCCAGAAUAAGGAAGAUUGCCCAGAGACAACUAGCAUCCGUGCACAUGAGGACUCCUUUUCCAGCUCUUCUUUUUCUUUUGAAAAAGUAGACAAUGAUUUUGGCCUUCAAGAUCAAGAAGAGAUGGAUCUCUCAGAGUGGCUAAUUUCCCCAGCUGAAACCAAACAAUCCACUGAAGUUAUGGACAAGAUGAGGCUCCUCUUCCAACCUUUUGUGGAAGACUACAGUAUUAGUGAUUGGCUUCAGAAAAUGGAGUCCUGUAGUAACUGCUGCGGUGGUCAAACAUCUGCUUUGGAGAUAGAAAAUCUUGGCAACCUCAAGUGUCUUACGGAGCAGCUUGGAGGAAGGAAGACAUCAGGUUCCACCAAUGAUAUGUGGCUCUUAAAGCAAGCUCAGCCUAAUUUUAAGAUGGAAGAAAUCUGCAAAGCUAAUGAGCCCUGCUCUUCCUUCUCUGAGUGUGUUUGCGAUGAAAGCUGUGAGAAAGAGGCCCUUAGAAAGUGGCUGUUAAAAAAAGAAGGCAAAGAUAAGAAUGGGAUUCCCAUACAUCAGGAGCACAAGGAAAAAACUGGGCAAUCUGAAAAGUCAAAACCUUCCAUUAACAUGUGGCUACAUCCGUGCAGAAGAGACUCCGAAGACCAGAGUUGUAGCAAGAGGACAGAAGAACGUGACAACUGCCUUCGGCAUUUCAAAUCUCUGCUCGAAACACCACUGACCAACUGGGUUAUCAAGUCCUGUACAACAAACGAAAAAGCAGAAAAAAAUACCAUGGACAGUAAAUGGAAGCAUCCCACAGUAGAAACGCUCUCUCCAUUUCGUUUGCCUCUAAAUGCAGACAGCUGGGUGUUGUCCCCAAAGGAUACAGAUAACGUGGAAAAACUAGAACAGCUUGGACUGGAGGAUAAGUGGCUACUGCGUAAAAGAGCACAUGAUUAUAAUGGACUUUCGAGUGUCUGUGACCUGUUUGCCUGUAUGAAGCUUGCAGCUGACAAAGACAAGUGGUUAUUCCAUACACCCCUACAGAUGUGAAUGUAGCACCUUGUGAUUUCUGAACCACUCCUCGACCUUCAUGCUGACGACGCACACUCUCAAACCUCCAUGAAAAAGUUUGUUUGUUUGUUCUGCACAUUCUUUUUCUGUUCUCUUUUGUCAUCUAGAAUGUCGUCCUGCUGAUCAUUAACUCGUGUUGAAAUGUGACAUAUAAGGUGACCCUUAAACAUUAGAAACAUUUUGCUUCUGUUAUAUCAAAUUCUGUUUUCACUAUAUGAUAUUCUCCAGUGACCACAUAUAAUACAUCUGUAGUGGUAAUGGAUUUCUGCCGCUGUAAAAUGAUUAGACGUUAGAUGGAAAAGGUGGCCUGAAAUAUUGUCAGCAGGUGGUAGAUAUGCCUAAUGGUACCCGGGAACUGGUUUCUUACUUACAUCUAGUUACCGUCAUGUCCCUGGUCAUCUAGAUAAGUGUUAUCGGACAUUCCUGAGAUCCACCUUUAAAGUCUGCUGUGUGCAUUGUUUAUAGUGAUGUACACCAACUGACAUCUGAGCAUAUUACAAUGUUCUGUUGUACCAUAGUUGUAAUCAGUUGAUAGUGAAAUAAAAAGUUAUUACAGCAAAAGAUCCUUAUUACAGACCACUUUGUUUCAGUCAUAAUUUGCCUUUUCAGUUUUGUUUUGAAGACAAAGGUGCUUUAAAUCAUAUUUCUUAUACAGGUAAUGAAAUGAGCAGGAAACCUCCUAGUCCUUUUCAAUUUUAGCAAUUUGCACAGAAAGAUGGGGAAAAAGGCAAUUUAUUUUAAAACCUCAUGACUUAACAUUUUAAGAUAAUUAUUUUUUUUCUUGCUUCCAGAAAUCUGUCCACUUUACAAUAACUAUAUAUUUUUAUUAUGUGUAACUGUUUGGAAGCAUUUAUUUUAUUGGUUUAACCUUUUUAUGUUUAGUUUAGCUUAUUAUAUAAUCUCUUUCCAUCAGCAAAACACAUGAAGAACAUUUUAUUAUAAUAACUGUCUUAAUGAGAUGGGCACAGUAUAUUCUUCAGUUUGUUGAUUGACUACAACUCCCAGCAUACCCAAUCAGGAUGUUGUAGGUGAUUAGCUGGAGCACUCAAAUGUGUCGUGCUGAUAAAUUUUUAUUUAGUAUACAGAGGUGCCAUGAUCUGUUUUCCAUCAAACAUCGUAAGCCUUUGUUUUACAUUAAUUGUCAUAAUGGAUAAAUGUCUACAAUGUAUUACUUUACUUUCAUUUGACGUGUUCCAUUAAAGAGUUACAGCAAUACA